CGCAAGCAGUGGCAAGGAGUGCAAGCUGCUUCGUACCGUAGGGCGACCUCGUUCCAUGGCAUUCUUCGUGCUGUCAGAAUCUCGAAUGACGGCAUCGUUCGCAUUUCUGUCUACUUACAGAUGUAUUGGAGCGGCUGUGAUUUUCCCCAUGACUGCCCGCAUCCCAUCCCCUCUGCAACCAUGCAUGCGGAACCAGUUUUAUCCAACAUUAUCCAACACUGCGCAGUAUUUUCCAGGACUAUCGGUAUGGUCUGCAGCGGAGUGCAUUGGCCCCAGCAUCCUGCACGGGUCCAGAGUUGGUGAUGGGGGCUCACCUGUCAAGGUCCGAACCCCCUGAUUUGCCUUGGGCUCCACUAUCAUGGCGUUCGACAGGUCAAAUAUCGCCUUCACGCCUCAACGGCCAAGGCUAAAUCAAG